AUGAACCCUUCCAAUGAAGAAAUUUUUCAAAUGUAUCUGUAUGAUUACCUAAAGAAACGAGGAUUGUUCAACGCGGCUGAAACGUUCAGAAGAGAAGCACAAGUUACUACAAAACCUCCCAUUGAAUUUUAUGAAUAUCCACAUGGAUUCUUGCAUGAAUUUUGGCUUUUACUUCAUGAUGACAUGUAUAAUCCUAUGCUACAGAAAAAGCCACCACCCUCUAAUCAGGCCCUAAAUGUUGGUACUAGUAGGGACACUACCCAUCAAAUAUAUCAAGAAAGAUAUUCUAUUAAGUUCCUUGCAAAUUUUCCAAGUGUCGACUUGCUUUCGUCCUGCGAUUUUUCGUCAGAUGGAAAGGUUUUGGCAAGUGGUGGAUUUGGGAGGAAGGCUUUAAUUUGCUACCUGGAUGCCCUUGAUUAUGUUAAUACAACACAGUCACAUUUAGCUCCCAUAUCAGAAGUUAGAUUUCAACCAGAUACAAAUAUAUUUGCAACUUGUUCAUCUGAUAAAAUAGUAAAAUUAUGGGAUUCAAACAUACCUGGAACAGUGUUGUUUGAUCUCGCUGGACAUAAUGGUGUGGUUAAGUCAUUGGAUUUUCAUCCAAUUGAAACACUUCUUUGCUCAUCUGAUAGCUUUGAUGUUAUUGAAGUAUGGGAUCUCAUUAACUGUGUUAGGAUGAAAAACUUUAUGGCAGGUGGACAGCAAAUAAGAUUUCAGCCUGUUUAUGGGAAGUUUUUAGCAGUUGCUAAUAGAAAUGUUAUCACCAUACUUGAUAUUCAGACUUGGAAAGUUCAAAACCGUUUUCAAGGACACAACAAAGAAAUAUGUUCCAUAUGUUGGGACGCAAAGGGGCAAACGAUUGCUUCUGUUACUGAAGAUUGUGCACGUGUAUGGUCGAUUGCGUCGGCCGGACAAUACCUAUACGAGUAUCAAUCAAAUGGGAAGAGGUUUCGAUCCAUCAUAUUCCAUCCUAGAUACCCUAAUGUACUACUUAUUGGUGGAUAUCAGAACAUGGAAUUGUGGAUUCCUGAGACAGGGCAAGUAUAUCUUAUUCCUGCACAUACUAAUGGAACAAUUACUGGACUAGCAGCUUGUACACAAAAUGAAUUCAUUGCAUCAUGUAGCAGUGACUGUACUGUGAAAAUAUGGAAAUGA